ACCUCUAAGCAACAGGAAACACCCAAAGAUUUCACAUUGCAGUGUUAAAGUGUUAUGCACUUUGACAACACCCAAAAACAGUUCUGAGUCCUUUACACAAUGAAGCUUCUGGGUCUGACUGAUCUUAGUUUCAUUUUGUUCCUCGUCUCCCAUUCAGAAGGUCAAACCUGGAACAUCAACGUCACCCGUCGCAUUAAUGCAAUACAGGGCUCAAAUGUGAUCAUACCGUGUACGUUUACAUAUCCUGCAGAAUACUACACCAAAGAUGUCCAGGUUUAUUGGAAAAAGCCUGGGAAAAGGGAGUCUAACAUUAAAGACAGGGACAUAAAUCCAUUUGUUUUUCACACAAAUGACACAUUUGUGCUCAGCAAGUACAGAGGAAAGACCAAACUCCGCGGAAACAAAAACAAUGGAGAUUGCUCCCUCAUGAUUGAAAACAUCGUAGAAAAUGAGAGAGGGCUCUAUGUGAGGGUCAUCCUAAAGGGUCAGACUUACAGUUUCUACAAGUACCAUGUUUCCAUUGAUGUGCAUGACAAUAUUAGCCAAGAAAUUACAAUCCCACCACUGUACACGCCCACAGCAAAAAAAGCGACGACGCUGGAGCCUUUGGAAUUCUAUGUGGCCAUCUUUGUACCACUUUCUGCACUUGUCAUCAUUAUUCUUGUCACCACAAUAUUCUGUUACAUGAAACAAAAAAGGACAGAGUCUUUAACAAGGGAGAGUUCUGGAUAUUAUGCUAAUUUUAGUAGAUCAACAUCAAAUCAACCUCAAAGAGAGGCGUCGUGCACAACACAUGAAAACAAAAACCCUGCUGAUCUGAAGGUCAUCGAUGAGCCCGUCUAUGCCAACACUCAGGACUUCAGAAUACACAUGGACCAAAGCAUGGAUUACUUAGACAAUAUAUAUGCAAAUUAUAGUGGUUAAUGCAAACCAGUGCAAAAGCUGUGUAGAAGAAUGGUUGAUGUACACUGAGGUAUUUACAUUUUUAGACAAAAACAUUACAUUCUGGAAAAACCAUAGCAAUUUCCCCUCGGUCCAGAUCCAGGUCCUAUCAGGUACAGAUACAAGGACACAGGAUUAGAACCUUAAUAUGGAGGGACUCAUUGCAAAGUUUCUAUGAAUAUUAAUUGAACUACUACAAAGAGACACAAAACUGGUAGAACACCAGCUCUUAACUUAUUUUAUAUAACAAUAUUUAUUUGGCUUUGUUUUAUUUUACUGUGUGAGCAAUGCAAAGUUUGAUCAUGUAUAACUGUUCAAUAAUUCUAUUGAAUUAUUCCUCCGUGCUAUAUGUGAACACACCUUUGCUCAUAUUGAAUUGCAGUGCAAAGAGUGACAGGAGACUUAAACUAUGUUCAGAUUACGGGCUACAUUGUUCAAAUCUGAUUACAAUCCCAUUAAUGACGGUUCGCAUUCUUACUAGUAUCUCGCAUCUGAACAAGACUGCCCUCCAAAUAUCUUGCACGUGUCAUUAACUAUAGCAAGAAAACGCCAUCAUUUUGAAACCACUUGGUUUUGAGGAGCAGGAGAUAUACAGUAUAAGAUCAUGUGUACCUUUAUUGCUACCCUUACAAGGAACAUUCAGAAAUCACUGAGUGAAAUGAAUGAUUGUUAAACGACCAUGCUCGUUUAUGUCACACUGCCACAUAUCUGAUAAAUAUGUGAUAAAUAUCUGAUGAGAUUCCUGGGUCCUCACAGUGCUUAAAACAUUAGAUCUAAGUCAACAAUAGAAUCAAUGGAUACAAUUGGAUAUGAGCCAUCUCAUCUUGGUAAUCUGAAUCUAGACAUUGACUAAUCACAGGUCAGUUCAGAGGAAGAGUCUAUUUAAAUGAAAAUCAUCAACUGCUUUUUAGUGAUCCUACCUACUGCACCUUUAAAUAAUACAGUGUUAUUAUUACCUAUUAAACUGCUCAUUAAACCUAUUA